AUGGCACCCAGCCCUUACCGCCUCUACGUGGGAUUCUGCAAAGAGAACACCGAAAGUGAUGUUUCGGGCACCCACUGGCUUUUGAUACUCGAUCCUCUAGGUCGUUCAAAUGGCACAUGGUGGCAUACCCUUCCAACCCACGACAACGACUACGAGCUCCGAAAGGAAAACACUAAGAAUCUUGACCACUCUUCUAUCGUGUUGAAGCAGUGGGUCGCUGAUAUUCCUGUUUGCGAGCUCGGUCACGUUCAGUACAUGAUGAUGCAUGAUGUUCCAAUGCAACAUAGCCAGCGCUGGGUGGUUGCGGUGCUGGUUGCGCUCGAGCGUAAGUUUUUGGUUCCCCCUGGUACUAGUUCGCAAUUUAUGAAGCAGAUUCAGUGUCAUCAUGGUCGUGCUGUUGGGGGAUAUGAGAGGUCGCAUCUUGGUUUUGGGCACAUCGUUAUUGGAUUCAGGGCCUGA